AAUAAUAUAGGAGCGUGCACUUAUCCGUAAACAUGUGUUUGGAAUUUUAUAAAAAAUAAUCUUAUAUAUUGCUCUAAAAAAUAUGUAUAUUAGGCUACUCUUAUGCCAAUUAAACAAAUUCUAAACAAGAACUAUAUGUCUUACAGAUAUCGAGAUUUUAGUAAGUUGAUGCAAAAAUGGCCCUUAGAUAUCUCUAAAUCAGAAACUAAUCGAGAUUUGGGUGCUUACAUAAGACAGAAAAUUAAAGAAGCUUACAAACAAGGGCAAUACAACCACAUUUCGAAUCAAAAAUUAUGUGAUAACAUUUUCAAAAAUUUGUCAGAUAUUGCUGACGACAAAUAUUUAAAAUUGUAUCCCCGAAAUAAAAGCUUGAUUGGAUCAACAGGUUUAUCCAAAGAAUUAUGCGACAAAAUAAUGUCUGACAAUAUGUUAAAUAUAAUGCAAUACAGACGCCUCUCGCUCUACAGGAGAAUAAAAAUAAAAUUAUCUACAGUUUUAGGACUUAAACUUAACGUCGAAAAACGGAAUAAUGAAUUAAUUAAACUCACUAAUAAAUUGUAAUGAUAAACCAUAACUUAUUUUAUAUAAUUUAAAACAUAUGAUGCUGUAUAUAUUUUUUUUAUUCUAAUAUUAUAUUAGUUUGAAUAAAAUUGAGAUAAUA